AGUUGUCAUGUCUGAACUCUGAAACUUGAUAAUAGAUUAAGUGGGACUAAGAUGUUCGAGGGAAAUAGUUUUUAUUUUCAUUUAAUUUUCUUAUUAUCAUUAAUAUCUUCAAGUUACAGUAAUGAUAUCUUAGGAUGUGGUGGUUUCGUAAAAAGUCAUGCCAGCAUAGACUUUUCUAAAAUCGAAAUCGGCUUAUAUACUAGAGACGGUAGUCUCAAAGAGAAGACUGAGUGCGCACCCACAAACGGUUACUAUUUCUUACCUCUAUACGAAAAGGGUGAAUAUGUUUUAAAAGUUCAUCCGCCCGCUGGAUGGAGUUUUGAGCCAUCGCAGGUAGAAUUAGACAUAGACGGUGUGACCGAUCAGUGUUCGAUCGGCCAAGACAUAAACUUCGCUUUCAACGGAUUCGGUAUAACCGGCAAGGUGAUCACCGCCGGUCAGGUCAGCGGCCCCAGUGGUAUCAAUAUACAGCUUGUGAAUGAGAAAGGAGAGACCAGAAACACAGUAACAACAUCUGGCGGAGAUUUCCAUUUCACCCCUGUGAUACCUGGAAAGUAUGUUGUUAAAGCGUCUCACCCUCGAUGGAAGUUGGAACCUGCACAUACUGUUGUGCAAGUGAAGGAAGGCAACACCGCUUUGCCUGUGGGGGUUUUAGCCGUUAAAGGCUAUGAUGUUUCGGGUUCCGUGACAUCAUUCGGCAGCCCCUUGGGUGGAGUUCAUGUACUACUUUACUCCAAAGAGGAGAAACCUAAGUUCCGCGUGGAGGGCUGCAAGACUGCACUUCUUCAAGGUGUUCCGGAUGCUCCUAUUUGUUAUUCAGUCACUGAUGCUAAUGGGGAGUUUAAGUUUGGUCUCGUGCCAGCUGGAGAGUACAAACUACUAGCUUUGGCCAAGACACCGGGGCAGACCUUCCUCACAUACAACAUCAAGCCUGAUUCGGUGCCGUUCAGUGUACUUCAUGAUAGCUUGUAUAUUAGAAAUGCUUUUGAGGUUAUGGGAUUCUCAAUCGUGGGUUCCGCUCUGUCAGCUCCGGGUGGUAGUGGUAUUGCAGGAGCUCAGGUGCUGUUGGCGGGACAAGCUGUCACCACCACUGACAAGAAGGGGCACUUCACACUCAGUGGACUGAAACCAGGGGAAUACUCACUGACCUUACAACAUGAGCACUGCAGCUGGGAGGAGAAGCAGCUGUCUGUGAGUGCGAGCGGUGUGGGGAGUCCCUUGACGAUGGUGGCGUCACGCUGGAAGGUGUGCGGGUCGUUGACCCCACCCGAAUCUCGCAUCGUGCAGCUGCGUGGACCGACGGACGAGGACCUCACAACUAAAGCUGAUGGUAGCUGGUGUUCCCUGCUGCCCCCGGGCUCGUACUCCGCGCGCGUGUCCGUCACGGAGCAGGAGCAGAGGGACGGCCUCCAGUUCUAUCCGGAGGUGCAGCACGUGUCGGUGGGCGGGGCGCCCGUCGGCGGGGUCUCCUUCAGCCAAGUGCGAGCGCGGGUGAGAGGCUCCGUGAACUGCGCCCCGUACUGCCGCGGCCUGAGAGUGGCGCUGCGCCCCCUUACAGCCGACGGGACUUACGCGGGCCCGCCACGCUACGCGAACAUCGUCGACGGAGCGUACACGUUCGAGGAGGUGGUCCCUGGCAGCGUGGAGGUGUCAGUGGUGGAGGGCGGCGCGGGCGAGGCGCGUCUGUGCUGGAGGCAGGCCGCGCACAACGUGGUGGUGGCGCAGGACCUGCCGCCCGUCACCGAGUUCACACUCACCGGCCUCGGCCUCGUCAUCACCGCCUCGCAUGACAUGGAGGUGGAGUACACGAGCGUCCACUCCUCGGGCGUGGUGAAGGUGUCUGCGGGCCGCAGCCUGGUGUGUGUGCCGCCCGCCCCUCGCUACACGCUCACCGCCCGCGGCUGUCACCGUGUCUCGCCGCCCACCGUCGACGUCGACAUGCAGGGAACGGACAUGCCGAGCGCGUCGUUCAAGGCGACGGCGCACGCCUCCACCAUCACGAUCUCGUCUCCGGAGCGCGCCACGGACGUGAGGUUGCACGUCACCACGGACGGCGGCCCCGCCACCGUGGACCUGCAGCCCGAGGCUCACGGCGACGGUUUCCUCUACACCCACACCAUGUACCUGGCCGAGGGAGAAGUGGCGUCCGUGCUGAUGGAGUCGUCGACCCUGCUGUCGGUCCCGGGCGGGCGGCAGGAUGUUGUGGGGGCGGCGAGCUGCUCCAGGGCGCUCGCCCUCAGGGCGGUUCGAGCCAGGAAAGUCACGGGCCGAGUCGUUCCGCCAGUAGAAGGUGUCACCAUCACUCUGCAGGGAGGUGACGUGAAGCUGUCUCAGGUGACCAAAGCCGACGGCCUCUACAGCUUCGGUCCCCUGGACGCGUCCGUGUCGUACAGCGUCACGGCCGAGAAGGAGUCGUACGUGUUUAGUGAGGUGGAGCCCUCGGGAGACGUGCGCGCUCACCGCCUGGCCGAGAUACAAGUACAGCUCGUCGACGACAGCAACAACCAGCCGCUAGAGGGGGCGCUGGUGUCCAUCUCCGGGGGCUCGUUCCGUCUGAACGCGCUGUCGGCGGCGGGGCGGGUGGCGGCGCGCUCGCUGGCCCCGGCCUCGUACUACGUGAAGCCACACAUGAAGGAGUACCGCUUCCAGCCGCCUCACACGCUGCUGGACGUGGCGGACGGACAGACACACACGCUCACCUUCAGAGGUGUUCGCGUGGCGUGGUCGGCCGUGGGGCGCGCCGUGUGUGUGGGCGGCUCGGGGGUCCCCGGGCUGGCCCUCCGCGCUGUGGGGGACUCCGAUUGUCACACGCAGGACGCCGUCUGCGAUCAGGACGGAUAUUUCCGCAUCCGCGGCCUGCUGCCCGGUUGUACGUAUUCCAUCCAGCUGAAGGAAUCCUCGGAGCCGGCGCGUCUAGCGGACACGCCGCUCGUCAUAAAGAUGACGGAGAGUGACGUGCUGGACCUGCGGGUGAUCGUGAUCCGGCCCCACCAGGUGUCGGACACGCUGGUGCUGGUGCGCUGCUCCAACCCCGACCACUACAAGACCCUCCGCCUGACCCUCAGCCGCGAGUCCUCUUCGCCCGUGUUCUCCACCAAGCUGGACCCGGCGGGCUACUCCCAGGUCAACAACCCCGGCCUGCUGUACCCGCUGCCUCGCCUGCCGGCCGAUAAUAACUCUUAUGUGGUGUCGUUGGAGUCUACCCUGUCCAAGGUGACUCACUCCUAUGAAGAGGCGGUGCACUACUUCGUGUCGGACGGACGCUUCCGCUACUUCGAGAUCAAUUUUGAUCCCAAGGUGAAGUCGUCGGAGCAGGAGCUCCGCCAGUCGUCGCUGCUGCUGCUGCCGCUGCUGGGAGCGCUGGUGCUGCUGUACUUCCAGAGACACCGCCUGUUGGCCCUCGCACCCGACCCCAUCAAGAGAGUAUCGCGCAAGAAGACGCAGUAGACGAUGCAUACACACAACAAUCACACAGGAAUUAACGACUCGUAAAGAACAACACGUGUUACCUGAAGACGAGCGCGCCUUUGACUUCAACCCCAGCCUCUCCUGUCCGUUUCUUCGAGGGACCUUCGCCACCAACCACGAGCACCAGCGGCACGGAAACGGUUCAAUGUUACAUUUAGAUUAGUUUAAGGAUACUCGUAUUAUCUUGUUAACUUGAUGGAACACAGAGUGCUACAGUGACUGAGGACAAUGCGGAGAGAGUCAACAUUCCACCGAGGGAAGUGUGAGCGAGCAAGCGAGUGAAAUGUUUAUAAAUAUACUGUAUAGGAGAACAUUACGGAGAAUUAGAUUAGUUAGUACUGUGUCGGUCACCUGGAUAUAUUUAUAUAUUUAUUUAUAUAUGGUUAGUCGUUCCUUGUGUCGCGUUUAUUUAAGUGUGAUGGUCAAUAAAUGGGAAUGUUCAUAGUGA